AUCAGUAGUUCGUUGAUCGUCUGGUCAAUCGGUCGCACUCAACUGCCAACUCAACUGCUUCAGGAUGGAGAAGUGCCGGGCCUCCUCUAGGAUAUUGAUCGUCGGGGCAGGACCUUCGGGAAUAGCCGCUGCCAGCCGACUCCUCCAGAACAACUUCAGCAAUGUGCAGAUCCUGGAGGCGGAGAACCGCAUCGGUGGCCGGAUCAAUACCAUCGCUUUUGGGGACAACGUCAUUGAUGUGGGAGCCCAGUGGUGUUACGGAAUGCAGCGGAAUUGUGUGUACGAAAUGGUCAAGGAUCAGGAUAUUCUGCACCAAACGGGAGACUAUUACAGCACCAUGAAGAUGGUGAGGUCCAACAAGGAAGUGGUCGCCCACGAACUGGGUGGCAUAUUGCACGAUAUUGUGGCUAAGAGCAUGCCAAGUGGACCCCAUCCGGUGGUGGGCUCAGCCGGCACCCAUCUGGUGGAGAACUUUUGGCGGAAAAUCGAUACCGAUCUGCCCCGUGUGGACAGGACUUUGGCUAGUGAGGCCUUGGAUUUCUUUGCCAGGCAUGAGAGUUCCAUCUUCGGUGCGGACAAUCUCUUCGAGGUCUCGGCAAGAUCACAUGUCGAGUACGAUGCCUGCGAUGGCGACAAGCUGCUCCACUGGGGCAGCAAGGGCUUCCAGAGAUUCCUUCGGCUGCUGAUGAAGGUCAGUGAGCACGAGCCGGAGAGUCUGGGCUUACUGGAAGGUCACGUCCGGCUGGGCAAAAAGGUCACCCGGAUUGAGUUGACAGCGCCGCGUAAAGUAAUUCUGCGCUGUGACGAUGGGGAUUACUUUGAGGCAGAUCACGUCAUCUGCACCGUAUCCUUGGGAGUCCUGCAGGAGCAGCACGAGAAACUGUUUGUGCCGCCGCUUCCUCCUGCCAAGGUCAAGGCCAUUCGGAGCCUAACCCUCGGAACCGUGAACAAACUGUUCAUGGAGUUUAAGCAGCAGCCGUUUCCCGAUGAUUGGGUGGGUUUCUUCUGCCUCUGGCUGGAGCACGAUCUGAGGGAGCUGCGCAAGACGGAGCAUUUCUGGCUGGAGGGGAUUACCGGUUGCCACAAGUUCACGGGUCAGCCAAGGAUGCUGAUGGCCUGGGUGGGAGGACCACAUGGCCGCCACUCGGAGACCCUGUCCGAAGAGAAAGUCGUGGAGGGAUUGCAGUGGCUCUUUCGUAAAUUCCUGCCCUUUGAGAUGCCAGCGCCCAAGCGUUUCCAUCGCAGCAAGUGGUUUACGAAUCCGAAUUUCCGCGGAAGCUACAGCCAUCGAUCCACAAAAGCCGAUGAACACGACACUGGACCCUGGGAUCUGGAGACACCUGUAACUGGACCGGAUGGCCAUCUCGGCCUGCUUUUUGCCGGAGAAGCCUCCAGCAGGAAGUACUUUGGCACUGUUCAUGGCGCCGUUGAGGCGGGCUUUCGCGAGGCUGAUCGUUUGAUUGGGAACUACUCCUCUUGCGAUUUAAAUUCUUAAAAAAGCUGGUUUUUAUUACUUCUCUUCGCCUUAUUUAGUUAUUUGUGUUAUUUGUUUCUUAAAUAAAAUUAUUUAAUCGACCUCUAUGUAA